GCCGCACGUCGGGCCGCCGCCGUCCCGCCGCCGCUCGCUAUGAAUGCGCGCCGGGCCCUGCUCUCCGCCGCCUUGCUCGCCAGCCUCCUCUGGGAUUUACCGUGCUGCCGCCCGGCGUCCCUCCCCGCCGCUGCGGAGCUCGCCGCCCCCUCCAAGGGCGGGCGGGGCCGCAGGGUGCCGCGGUCCCCCCGGGAGAGCCGCCCGCGGCAGGGGGGACACGCCGGGGGCCGGGCGCCCCCGCGGGCGGAGCCCCACGAGUACAUGCUGUCUCUGUUCAGGACCUACUCCAUCGCGGAGAAACUGGGCAUCAACGCCAGCUUUUUUCAGUCCUCCAAGUCCGCCAACACCAUCACUAGCUUUGUAGACCGGGGACGAGACGAUCUCUCGCCCGCUCCCUUAAGGAGACAGAAGUAUUUGUUUGAUGUAUCGACUCUCUCAGACAAAGAGGAGCUGGUGGGGGCCGAGCUGCGGCUCUUCCGCCGGGCCCCCGGCGGCCGCCCGCCGCCGCCCGCCGCCCUCCCGCACAUGCAGCUCUUCCCGUGCCUCUCGCCGCGGCCGCUGGACUCCCGCACCCUGGACCUGCGGGCGGCGCCCGCCGCCGGCUGGGAGGUCUUCGACGUGCGGCAGGGCCUGCGGGGGCAGCGGCCCUGGAAGCGAGUGUGCCUGGAGCUGCGCGCCGCGGCGGGCGGCGGGCCGCCGCCGCCGCGCUGGCUGGACCUGCGCAGCCUGGGCUUCGGGCGGCGGGUGCGGGCGCCGCAGGAGCGGGCGCUGCUCGUGGUCUUCACCCGCUCGCGGCGCGGCAGCCUCCUGGGGGAGCUGCGCGCCGAGCCGGGCCCGGCGCCGCCGCCGCCGCCCGCCGCCCUGCGCCUCUCGGCGCGGCGGCAGCGGCGCACCGCCUUCGCCAGCCGCCACGGCAAGCGGCACGGCAAGAAGUCCCGCCUGCGCUGCAGCAAGAAGCCGCUGCACGUCAACUUCAAGGAGCUGGGCUGGGACGACUGGAUUAUCGCCCCCCUCGAGUACGAGGCCUACCACUGCGAGGGCGUCUGUGACUUCCCGCUGCGCUCCCACCUGGAGCCCACGAACCACGCCAUCAUCCAGACCCUCAUGAACUCCAUGGACCCCGGCUCCACGCCGCCCAGCUGCUGCGUGCCCACCAAGCUGACGCCCAUCAGCAUCCUCUACAUCGACGCGGGCAACAACGUGGUCUACAAGCAGUACGAGGACAUGGUGGUGGAGUCCUGCGGCUGCAGGUAGCGGGCGGCCCCCGGCGGGAGCCGGGCUCCCUGCGGCCGAGCGGCG